UACAUCAUUUAUGAGAGAAGUAUGUCUAACAGUGAAUGUACAGGACUCAUUCAUGUUUAUAAUGCCAAAGAACCUCUGAUCUGAGGUCAGUCUCUUCUGGUACAAAGGAAACAAAGGUGUGAAAGAUCAAAGAGAAUGUUAAGCAGGUUGAUUUUAUCUCUUCAGUUUGCUUUGAUAUUGCUUGUGUUGUGUGGUAAGUGAAAAUAGAAACUCGUUCAAUAAUGAUUAUAAUGUGACAGACUGAAUUUACUUGAGUUUUUUUUGUUCUGCAGGUGUGUUUGGUGUUGAUUCAGAUGAAGUGAAGUCAGUGUCAGUGAUGGACGGAGAAUCUGUCACUCUACACACUCAUCUUACUCACAUACAGAGACGUGAUCAGAUACUGUGGAUUUUUGGGGCUAAAGGGAGUCGUAUAGCUGAAAUAUAUAAGCAAAGCAUUGAUAUAGAGGGCGGUAUUGAGAUUUUUGGAGACAGACUGAAGCUUAACGGUCAGACUGGAUCUCUCACAAUCACAAACAUCACAAUCACAGACUCUGGACUUUAUAAACUACAUAUCAUUAGAGACAGAGAAACUUCAUAUAAAAGAUUCAAUGUUACUUUCUAUGCCCGUCUGCCUGUUCCUGAAAUCAACCAUACCAAUAACUCUUCAAACUGUUCUUCAUCAUCUGAAAGAUCUUCAGUGUCAAAAUGUGUGUUGUUGUGUUCAGUGAUGAAUGUGACACAUGUGAGUCUCUCCUGGUACAAAGGAAAUAGUUUAUUGUCCAGCAUCAGUGUGUUUGAUCUCAACAUCAGACUCUCUCUACCUCUGGAGGUGGAAUAUCAGGAUACAAACACAUACAGAUGUGUGGUGAACAAUCCCAUCACAAACCAAACACAACAUCUAGAAAUCAAUCAACUCUGUGGGUCAUGUUCAGCUUUCAUGCAGAAGCCACAUUUGGUGGGAAUCACAGUUUUUAUUGUAAUGCUGGUUGUGGCGACUGCAGCUCUGAGUGUAAUGUGCCGUCUCUACAACAGGAAAACUAGACACAUGAGACAUGUGGGCAAGUAUUGUGUUUUUUUAUUAUAUUAGUUUCUUAUUAGAUUAUUUCAUGUGGUGUGAAAACUGAUUAUUGUUGUAAACAGUUCAGACUCAUGAUGAGGAAGAGAUUCAUUAUGCAGACACAACAUUUAGUGCACGCCAUAAUGAGAUUCCGGUAAGAGAUUGUGUUGCUGUGUGCGUCUGUAUCUUGCUAUGUGAACCCCUGCCGUUUCUGUCAAAGCUUUGGUCUGUACGAGCAAAAAAUGUGUUGUUUGUGCUACUUUUGUAACUGGUAAUGCAUCAGGCGAGUGUGCUCAGGUUCCGGACCGGUUCUGUCGUCUCGACAGUGGGAGAGUGCUCCGGCUUCGAUAGGAACCGGUGAGCUCGGGCCCUCUCCCCAGACAAAACAACCAUACUUUACCACUCCUGCCACUGUCACCUGCAUAGGCGAAUAGAAUUGUGAACUUUGGAAAGGUCCGGAAGAAACAAAGGGCAAUUUCUUCCACCAAAUAUAACUAAAAGUUAAAUGACUGAAUAGAAGUAAAUUGAAAUUUUGCAAUAAUAUGACACGCUUUAACUCUCUCGUCUCUUUGCUUUAGUCUGAAUGUGUAAAGUCUGCACAGCUCUACAGAUGAAAAUCAUUGUAACAAGGAAAACAAUAUUUUUAGCAAAAUAGCCCUUUUCACAAAGCAAUCUAAUCACAAGUCAUUCGGGUGAAUUUAUGGUAAAUUCUGUUCACACAAGCAAGGGCUUUCUGGUAAUUUAAUAGUCAUUAAAUUACUUCUAUUACUGGUAAACUGUGUUUACUGACUUACCAGAAAGGUUCACACACGAUCUGUGGCUGUGAUAUUCCUGCAAUUUACCAGUAAAGACUGCAUGUGUGAAAAGGACUGAUUCGCAUAGCUAAGUCAUAUGAUGAGCCAUAAGUGUGAACUUUUUUUUUCUCAUAUGUUUUCACAGGAAGAUGAUGCCCACACAGUGUACUCAAUUGUCGCUUUGAGUUGAUGUCAUCCUCACAUCAUCUGUGUGUCUGCAUUAUAAACCAUUUUUAUUGAUGUAACAUGUUCAGCCACAAUAGAAAUAAUCCAAAAAUACAUUGCUGCAGAAAGUGUUAUGAAGAUGAAUUAAACUGGAAUUAUUUAGAAAUUGUAUUAAUUUGAAAAUGCUUUGUUCCCAUUUCAUAGUUAGUUUUAAGUGAAUCCUCAAACAACAGAUCACAUGAC